AUAUUGCAGAAAAUACAUACGACGUGAGGUGAAAGCAACAGUAGAACUAAGAAAGUAUUCGCGCGGUUUUUUCAGUUUGGUCUCUAGUGUUUCAAGCUUGCAGUAAGUACCUCAUAGUUUCUUGUUGAAAGUUCAACUUCAAUUAUCUUCAUUUUUUAUCAAAUUUUGAUUUGAAUUUUAUCGAUAAAGUGAUAAUGCAUUGUGCUACGAAGAAGCUAUCUACUAUUUCAAUUAACGAUAGUAACCUGAGUGAAGAUAAAGAAAACGUUGUCUAUAAUGGCCGAUCCAUAGAAUCUUAUAAACCUAAACAAAUCAACGUUAUGACUGAACAUCGGAAGAAAUUCAAUCCCGAUGUGGAACCUUUGCUGAAGCCUAACCCUCGUCGAUUUGUAAUAAUGCCUAUCAAAUAUGACGAUAUUUGGGCUAUGUUCAAAAAAGCGGAAGCUUCAUUCUGGACAGCCGAGGAAGUGGUUUUGGAUAAAGAUUUCAGAGAUUGGGAAAAGCUAAAACCCGAAGAGAAAAAGUUUAUUUCGCAUGUCCUAGCAUUUUUCGCAGCAUCUGAUGGCAUCGUGAAUGAGAAUCUAGUCGAACGUUUCUUUCAAGAAGUGCAAAUUCCCGAAGCAAGAUUUUUUUACGGAUUCCAAAUCACUAUUGAGAAUGUGCAUUCAGAAAUGUACAGUUUAUUGAUUGACACUUACAUUAAGGAUUCUGCUGAACGAGAUUUUUUAUUCAACGCUAUCGAAACCAUGCCUUGUGUUAAGAAAAAAGCUGACUGGGCGUUGAAAUGGAUAGCAGACCAAAACGCAACCUUUGGAGAAAGGAUCAUUGCAUUCGCUGCUGUUGAAGGUAUCUUCUUUUCCGGAAGUUUCGCUGCGAUAUUUUGGCUCAAAAAAAGAGGCCUAAUGCCUGGACUGACCUUCAGUAACGAAUUGAUAUCGAGAGACGAAGGUUUACAUACCGAUUUUGCUUGCCUAAUGUUCAAACAUUUGGUUCAAAAACCCAGUGUUGAAGAAAUUACCGAAAUUAUUCGCGAUGCUGUUAUAAUCGAGCAAGAAUUUUUAACUGAUUCAUUACCAGUGUCGAUGAUUGGAAUGAACAGCGAACUAAUGAAAACUUACAUUGAAUUUGUAGCCGACCGAUUAUUGGUGGAAUUGAAUUGUCCUAAGUUAUAUAAUUCCCAAAACCCAUUCGAUUUUAUGGAAAACAUUUCGUUAAACGGUAAAACUAAUUUUUUCGAGAAACGAGUUGGUGAAUACAAGAAAAGCGGAGUAAUGUUCCCAUCUGGCGAAAAUGAAUUCAAAUUGGACGCGGACUUUUAGUUUUUGUGUACUUAUUCUUUAUUGACUGUGUUAAAAUGCGAUCUACUUCUGUGCGGAAUUACGUAUGUUAUAUAAGGCUCUAUUUCAAUCGAGUGUAACGUCAGGAAAUUUUAUUUUUCAUUUUUAAAUUCAAUUUUAUUCAAGUUUUUAAUUAUUUUUCACUUUCUUGAAUGAUCCGAUAUAUUAUUGUUUCCUUUUGCAAAGUGUUUCAAGAACAUUCGUCAAAGAUUUGAUUCUAAGUGUGAUUGUGAAUUUGAAAUUUUGUGACCUUUUGAUAUUUCUUCCUACCUAACUGUGUUUUGUAAUGUACACAUACGUGUAGAAUUCAAUGUUCAUUCCUCAGGAUUGAAAUUUUCAACAUGAAGAGUGUUUUUUUUUAAAUGUUGUAGCUGAUAAGACUAAUUUAUUAACCACAUGUGAGGAGAGUGUAUAAGUCGUAAUAGUGAGUUAUGGAGUAACCUAGUAUGUACUUAAUAUAAGAUGUUGAGUAGUUUGUGGUUUGAGUUUCCUUAAUUUUAUAAUAAAAUAUUUGCUGCAAAAUGA